AUGGCUGGCCUACUCUCAGUGACACGAAUUGCCUUGGGAAUAGGCAUACUGGUCGUCGUGGCCAUGGUAUGCUAUCGAAAGGCUUUCCGACGUUCAAACUUGCCUUUACCACCAGGGCCCAAGGGCGAACCAAUUCUUGGACACCUUCGUCUUAUCCCAGAGUCUCAUCCCGAGUAUCAAUUGACAGAGUGGGGCAAGGAGUACAAAUCUGAUGUCCUGUCUUUCAAUAUCCUGGGUCGACCGAUCAUUGUGCUCAAUAGCCGUGAAGCAUGUCAUGACCUUCUCGACAAGCGAGGUACCAACUACAAUGACCGACCAAGAUUUGUGCUCUUUGAAGUCAUGGGAUGGGGCAUAACAUUGACCUUCCUCCGGUGGGGCCCAAAAUUCAAGCUUCACCGAAAACUGAUGCAGAGCUCCUUCACCCAGUCAGCAUGCAAGCCAUACAGACCUAUCCAAGAACAAGAAGCCCGCCAGGCAGUGCGAGAGAUCCUGGACAGUCCACAAGACUGGGACACGCUGCUCCGUAAGUUCGCACAGGCGGUGGUUCUGCGAAUCGGUUUUGGUCUAGGGAUCACGCAAAAGGACGACCCGUACAUCAAGAUGUCGCUGGAUGCCGAGGAAGCCACCGGUAAAGGCGGUGUGCCGGGGGCAUCUAUAGUCGACUUCUUCCCUGCGCUCAAACACCUGCCCAGCUGGCCGCUCAGACUGGGCGUCCUGGAGCACGCCCGCUCGACCAAGCCCUACAUCCGACGCCUACACGACGCUCCCUGGGACGCCACCGAACCCGAAAUCCUCAGCGGAAAGGCGACACUCCCGUCGUUUAUGCGCACUCAUCUGGAACGGUACAUGGACAACGUGGCCAGAUCCAAACCCAACGAAGCCACCAUUCCCGACCUCAAAGGAGCCGCUGGCGCCAUCUCCAUCGCAGGCGGCAACACCACCUGGUCGACGCUGAUGGUGUGCAUCAUGAACCUACUCCUACAUCCGGAAAUCCUGAAAAAUGCCCGCGAGCAGGUGGACGAGGUCGUCGGCACCGAUCGACUCCCCACCUUUGACGAUCGCGACCAGCUACCGUACAUCGAAUACCUAAUCCAGGAGACGACGAGGUGGUACCCACUGUCACCACUGGGCGUCCCGCACGCAACCAUCAAGGACGAUACGUACAAGGGCAUGUUUAUCCCAGGAGGUUCGGUCGUGUUUGCCAACGCCUACGCCAUGACACAUGAUCCCUGCGUGUAUGAUGAUCCCGAGACGUUCGACCCGAAUCGUUACGCCCCCAUUUCAGAGGGCGGAAAGGGCGAACCGUUCCCCGAAGGUCCCUUUGGAUUUGGCCGCCGAGUCUGUCCAGGACAGUGGCUGGCUACUGCUGGUGUUUACAUCAUGGUCUCGACGUUGCUGGCCACGAUGGACAUGAAAUGUCCCAAAGGUCCUGAUGGUGCCGAAAUAAGGCCCGCCGUGGCUUUUACCAACGGCCUUUCCAAUGUUCCUGAGCCAUUCGGAUGUGUAAUGAUCCCGAGAUCGGAAAAGGCUCGUGCGCUCUUAGAACAGUAUUGUGACGAACUACAAAUGUGACCAUUAUGGGCGUGCUUGGUCUAGGAUGAAGGAUUAAUCUGACAUUGAUUUGUCGAAGUGGGUGAAUAAGGCUCGGGCCAGAGAGUUCAAGGAAUAAAAGGAAUAAUUUACACAUUAAAUGGCAAUGUACUUGAGAAAUUAUAGCUAUAGCUCUAGCUAGGUAGAGGUC